GUGAGUGAGUGAGUGAGAAGCCAGUGAGUAGAGUACACAGGCGAACUGAGUUGUGAAGUGUUCGUCAAUUGUUACAGCAGUAACGAAGACCUCGCCAUCGUUUACUCUCUUCGGUUACGGUGGUGCUGGUGUGCAUAUGAAAAGUGAAGCCUCUGCAAUCCAAUUGGAAGUCGAAUAGCUGAAGCUCCGACAAUUCGUUCUUGGCCAUACUUCAUUCUUUGGUGCCUUUCGGCGUAAUAGUAUUUACACCUUUGCCGCCAUGGAUGUUUUUGUCAUGGUUCGCCGUAAGCAGACCACCCUCUUCCUUGAUGCUAAGGAAACGACGCCCGUGCUCGAUCUCAAGAAAAUGAUCCAUGGCAUCCUUAAAAUCAAACCUGAGGAACAACGCUUGUACCACAACGAUAUCCAGAUGGACGAUAAUAAGACGUUGACCGACUGCGGUCUCAACGCGAAUUCGGCCAAAGCGCAAGCGCCCGCUACAAUCGGACUGGCCGUAAGCGAUGAGACCCUAGAGAUCACUCCGUUAUCGUCGCCACCCGAGCUGCCUGAUGUCAUGAAGAGCCAGGAUUCGGCGGUGGACCCGGCCUGCGCCUAAGCGAAGAAGAUGUAGUACCUGGCCCAACCCCUACCUAAGAAAAGAUCUGCAGUGGAUUCAUUCUUUCUUAUGGCUCGUACUCAUCGAUGGCGUCAUUUCAAAAGAUUCCUAUGCCACUUUCCCCCCACGAAUAGUCCCCCUCUGCCGAAAGCAGUACUUCCCCGAAAUAUUUGUUUUGCCCUAAUAAUGCACCCAUUUCACCCCUUCAUUAUUCAUUUGUAUUUUUUUAAAGAAAGAACUAAUAAUUAGUGUAUUCUUGCUGUUCUGUUAAUCAGGUUUCUAGAAUGACCUUUUCUGUCGGAUUUGUUAAGAGAAACUACUGGUUAACGAAAGGUUAUUGCCUGUUUGAUACAUCAUUAUCACAGGCACAUCAUGUUCAUCAUCAUAUCAAAAGCAUCCAUUCAGGUGCAUGAGCCAGUGUGUUCAAAAUUCAGAUGACGAUCAGAAGACAAGAAAAGUACUCAAAUGCUGAGAACGUAUAAAGUUCGACGAAAAGUGUAAAAAUAAUAACAAUAACUACAACAGUAAACCAAUUCCAGGACAAUGAUAUUAAGCUAUGUGUUCAAAAGACAAAUGGACAAGAAAAUGAAAAUUCCAACAGAUGGAGAUUAUGCACGUGGGUCAUAUAUAUAUGCAGGUGGGACGAACCAGUCACGCCCCACUAAAGAAAAGCUUUGAAAAUAAAAUAUAAUCAGAAAAUGGCGAAGAGCAAUAGUUACCUAAAAAAAAAAACAUAAAUCAGUCAAUUGCUUCAGUAAUUCACCGACGGUAGGACGUUAGACGUUAGUCCCAUAUUCCCCGCCGUUUAGCUAGAUCUUGCUCACCCUUUUCAAUUAACUCCUUUCCUAUCUCUUGACACAUCGUUUUUUUUCACUUCUCGGUGGACUUUUGCUACUACAUGACGUCAUUGUUAGUGAAAGAAAAACAGAAAUAUGAUAACAUGUUGGUCAAGGCCGCGUCGUGCCUAUCACGACGUUUUUGUAGCUUUACCAGCAAAUUCUACACACUUGCGCGUAUAGAACAUAUUUUUUUGUUGUCGAUUUUGUCUAGUUAUUUAAUUAUUACAAUCGUAAUUUCUACUAGAAAAACCGAACUUUUUAGUCCAGAACGUCGUUGUAGGAGAAUUGAAGAUUUGAGGCAAAGAAGAUGACUGUGAAAAGAAAUAUAAGGAAAGAAGUGGUGG